AAGGCCACUUCAUUAAAAAAGGCUUCACAAAUAAAAAGUCUACGUAAAUUAGUUGUAAUCAAAUAAUUAAUUGCCAUUAAUUGAAACCCAAAAUUCUGCAUUAUUUGUGGAGAUUCAUUUAAUUUCAUGUUCUGUCUUUAGCUCAGCCAACUUCAACUCCCCCACUGAGAAAAAGUUUUUCUUUUUCUUUUCAAGAACUCAAACCCUAAAAUCAUCAUCAUUAUCAUCAUCCAUAGUAUCAAAAACCCAGAAUGAAAUUACCAGAAACCCAUCAUUACCAAAUCUCAAGCAGUCUAAUUCCACUCCUAAUUGAAGAAAUCAAUGAUAUCCAAACUUUUAAAGGAAAAUGGUCAGUAAUCAAGUCUAAACUCAAUGAUUUACCAACACAACUCAAGGAUUUAUCAGAUUUCCCUAAUUUCACAACAAACCCAUUAUCAUCUGAUCUUUUAAUUUCAAUUUCACAGACGUUAACUGACUCAUUAACCCUAGUGAAGAACUGUAAAAACCCAAAUUUCAGUGCUGGGAAGUUGAGAACACAAAGUGAUAUUGACUCAGUUAUAUCUAAGCUUGAUCGACAUGUUCAUGAUAUUGAGAUUCUGAUUAAAAGUGGUGUUAUGGAUCAAGAGACUGGUGGUGGUUCAAAGAGAGAAACGGUGAGGGUGGAAUCCAGGAAUUUGAUUACGCGGUUACAGAUUGGGGAUUUUGAAGGGAGGAGUGCUGCAAUGGAUACGUUGCUGGGGUUGCUGCAGGAGGAUGAUAAGAAUGUAUUGAUUGCUGUUGCACAAGGUGUUGUACCUGUACUUGUUAAAUUACUUGAUUCUAGUUGUUUAGAGAUUAAAGAAAAAUCCGUUUCUGCAAUUUCUAGAGUUUCAUUGAUUGAUAGUAGUAAACAUGUUUUGAUAGCCGAAGGUGUUUUGUUAUUGAACCAUUUGUUAAGAGUGUUAGAAUCUGGUAGUGGGUUUGCAAAAGAAAAAGCAUGUGUGACAUUACAAGCUUUAAGCUUUUCGAGAGAGAAUGCCAGGGGGAUUGGUUGUAGAGGUGGAAUUUGUUCACUUUUAGCCAUUUGUCAAUCUGGGACGCCGAGUUCUCAAGCUGUUGCAGCUGGUGUGUUGAGAAAUCUAGCUGGGUUUUCUGAAAUUCGGCAGAAUUUUGUUGAGGAGAAUGCAGUUCCAGUUUUGAUUGGGCUUGUUUCCUCGGGUACGGUUGUUGCGCAAGAGAAUGCGAUUGAAUGCGUGCGUAAUUUAGUGUCUGAGGAUGAGAAUUUGAAGCUUCUAGUUGUUAGAGAAGGUGGAAUUGAGUGUUUAAAGAAUUUCUGGGAUUCAUCAGCGAUGGGGCGAAGUAUUGAGUCUGCGAUUGGUUUGUUAAGAAAUAUGGGUUCGUACCGACCAAUUGCUGAAGUUAUUGUUGCUGAUGGUUUUAUAAACAGGCUUGUUGGGGCUUUAAGUUGUGGAGUGUCUGGUGUAAGAGUUGCUGCGUCGAAAGCUAUUUAUGAAUUGGGAUUCAGCACUAAAACGAGAAAGGAAAUGGGUGACUGUGGGUGUAUUCCUCCUUUGGUUAGGAUGCUGGAUAUGAAAACAAUUGAAGAGAAAGAAGCCUCAGCAAUGGCUUUGUCUUCUCUCAUGCAGUUAGGAAGUAAUCGAAGGAUUUUUCAGAAGGAUGAAAGAGGGAUACUUGGUACGGUACAGCUUCUUGAUCCUCUUGUGCAGAAUUUGGAUAAGAAAUACCCAAUUUCAAUAUUGCUUUCUAUAGCACAUUUGAAGAAGUGUAGGAAAGAAAUGGUGGCUGCAGGGGCUUGUGCGCACUUACAAAAGCUUGUUGAAAUGGAUAUUGAAGGUGCUAAGAAACUAAUAGAAAGCUUGAGUCGUGGUAAACUUUGGGGGGUAUUUCCCAGACCAUGAUAGCAGUGAGAUAUUGAAGAUGGUUGAUUUCGUGGAGGGAGCGUGUGAUCGUCUUGAUCUGUAUGUACAAUAGUUGCGUAUUCAUUUAUUUUUUCUGUUUCUUUUUUUUUUGUUCUCUAUAAUCUUCUUUAGGUUCUGAAAUUGGGUGUUAUAAGUUUGUUACCCUUAAUUGCUGAUGUACAAUUUUGUGCAUAGAAAUUUGGUUUGUGGCCUAACUAGACUGGAGCUUGUUUGUAUGCUUUAAACCCAAUAAACAGUGUUUCUAUUUUACCCGUUUCUAAUGCUUUUUGUGUA